AUGCAGUCCACAGAAACCAUUCAAGCGGUGCAAGACUAUUAUGGAGGAUUAGCUGAGCGCGGCUCCACGGACAAAUCUGAGAACUAUCAGACCAGCGUUGCGAAGGCGUUUGGCUAUGACCCAGAGGAUCUGAAAUCUCUUCCCGAGAAUGCGAAUCUUGGACUCAGCUGCGGUAAUCCUUUGGCGUUGGCAAGCCUAAGAGAAGGUGAGACUGUGAUCGAUCUAGGAAGUGGCGGCGGCAUCGAUGUCAUUCUUGCUGCGCGCAAAGUCGGUCCGAAGGGAAAGGCUAUCGGAGUCGACAUGACCAAAGUGAGUAUUCACUUCUACAGAGCGGAUUGUACGCUUCCGGCGAGAGACUUACUUCCAAUCAACCAGAAAAUGCUGGCUCUCGCCCACGAAAAUGUCGAAAAAGCAGGCAUCACCAACGCUUCCUUUGUCGAGGGAUUCAUCACGGCUAUUCCACUCGAGGACUCGAUAGCUGACUGCAUCAUCAGCAACUGCGUCGUCAAUCUCGUGCCAAAAGGGCAAAAGAGCCUUGUCUUUCAUGAGAUGUCUCGGCUUUUGAAACCUGGAGGGCGAGUUGCGAUCAGUGACAUCCUUGCUCGCAGAGAGCUUCCGCCCGAGAUCGCGAACGAUUUGGCGCUGUACGUUGGCUGCAUCGCUGGUGCAAGUCAGGUCCAGGAGUACCAUGCAUAUCUGAAGGACGCCGGGUUUAGCGGUACCUCGACCAAUCCACUUGCGACUGCUCGGAAGAUGCUGAUUCUAUGCGCAGACAUAACGAUUGUGGACACUAAGGCAGACCUCAACGUCUACAAAGAUAUGCCACAAGAGAAGUCUGCCUGUUGUGGCAUGUCCUGCUCCGAUGUUCAAAACAGUGACAAGAUUCGAGACUAUGAAUGUAAUGAAUGGGCUGGUGAGCUUGUACUCGAUGAGGUCUUCCAUCAUCGCUAA